CCAGCUGUACCACCAAUUCAAACAACACGGUUACGUAAACUCUCUCUCUCUGAGAAAAUCCCCAAAUCUCAUGAAAUUAGGGUUUCAAUCAUUCGUAACACUUUGAACGCAAAAUUAGAAACCUCCUCUCCAUUCGCCACGAAUCUCUAAGGUUCUUCUGAAGGAUUAGAUUUCUGGGUUUAAGAAAUCUCUCUCUCUCGUCAUCAACAAUUCUCGCGAUGCCGUCGUUAACACUGAGCAUUCCUUUCCUUUUCUUAGUUCUCUGCUUGAUCGGUUUACAAGCUGCGGAUGAUUUCCUUGAUAAUUCCGGCGGCGACGUCUGCCCUCGGGUUUCGGACUCGGGUGGAUGCCCAAUCAACUGUUUCCGAGCGGAUCCGGUUUGCGGAGCCGAUGGAGUCACGUACUGGUGUGGUUGUCCCGACGCAGCUUGCCAUGGUGCUCGUGUAGUCAAAAGAGGAGCUUGUGACACAGGUAAUGCAGGAAGUGCUUCUGUUCCUGGCCAAGCUUUGUUAUUGAUUCACAUUGUUUGGCUCUUCUUGCUUGGACUCUCUCUUCUCGUUGGUGUUUUCUAAUCUCUCGAGUGUUGAUGGCGGAAUUAGAGGAGCAAUUGAUUGAUUCCAUUAUCGUUUGUAGCUUUUAGUCAUAUUUUACAGAGCACACAUUUGCUUUGUGAUAUAUAGAUCACACGUCCUGUGUUUGUUAUAUGUAGAGCUGAGUAUUGUUUUGCUAUGUGUGCUAUACAUAUGUAAUAGAUUCUGUUGCAAUACAUUAUAUAAAGAUUUGAUCA